UGCACCCCAGGGAGGAGCAGAGCGUAUCAGGAAAAGCCACUGCUUGAAGGACUGAGCACAAAGUCCCUGAUGGAGUAGAAGGGAGGAUGGAGAGCAAAAGAAGUCCCAGACUGCAUGUCUAGAUUUCUGAGAGAACACCCUGCUGAGUGCAGGUGGCGAGAGGAGGAAGCAGACGAUGUCAACAAGCCCAGAGAAAUUACACGACUUGUGCACAUCAUGCAUCUAGUAUAUGGCAAAGUCAAGAUUUCAACUCAGUGGGGAUCUAGAAAUCGUGGUGUAUUAGGCACCUGCGACGCUGCAGCUGUUAAAGUCUGCGGUAGUGUUGGUGAAAAUGGCCCCACUAGGAAUUUUAAGUGAGCAUUGGUUGAGGGCUAUGAACUUGCCUGGGAAGAUUCCCAGAGGGAUCCGGGCAGCUGGUGGCCCCGCCCUCACCCCUUAUCAGAGCCCCCAGACCUGCGGUCUCCCUGUCCACCCCCACCUCCGGUUUCCCUCCGGUGUCCUCCGCUGAUUCAUUCGCCGCCUCUUACCAUCACAUUCCAGCUAUGGCCCUGGUUCUGCAGCUGCUACCGCUGCUGCUGUCGAGGGCCCACGGGAGCCCCGGGGCUUCCCUGGUCGGCCGCCCUGGGGACAGGGUGAAUCUCUCCUGUGAAGGGGUAUCGCAACCCAGCCGCUGGGUCUGGGCACCUAGCUUCCCCGCCUGCAAGGGUCUGUCCAAAGGACGUCGCCCGAUCCUGUGGGCCUCACCGAGCGGGACCCCCACCGCGUCUCCCGUUCAGCCCUUUGCUAGUCGCCUACGGACUCUGGACCUUGAUAUCAGGCGGCUGGAGCUGCUUCUGAGCACCGGGGACUCGGGCACCUUUAUCUGCAAGGGCCAGCACCAGGGAGAGAGUCGAACGGUGCUUCACGUGCUGGGGGAUCUGGCCAAUUGCAGAGCUCCGGAGCCUACCCAAGUGUAUCCCCAGAUCCUGAUCCCGCUGCUAAGCGUUGGGUUGGUGCUGGGACUCGGAGCGCUGGGCUUGGUCUGGUGGCUGCGCAGGCGCUCGCCCCCUCACCCACCCUCGCCCCCUCACCCGCCUCGACCGCUGCCCAGAUUUGGUGAGACUAACUCCACCCCAUUUUCCUUCUCCGCACAUUCCCUACCCAAUGCCGGAGUCUUAGCCCUUGCUGGGAGCAGACAAGUUGGUUACCUUCUCUCAAUUCUUCAGCUCUGUCCCCCCCACAUAGUUCCACUCGUGAAAGCCGAGCCCCAGAGGCCAGUAGAGGAGGAGGAGCCAAAGAUUUCAGGGGGCCUGGAUCAAGAGUCGAGCCUGCUGUACGCAGACCUGGAUCAUAUGGCCCUCAGAAGGCCCUGCCGACUGUCCCCAGUGGCCCCAGCUGAUGCCUCCACCAUCUAUGCUGUUGUAGUUUGAAAGGAACUCCUUACUCCAAACCUCACAAGCUGGGGGCUCCCAGGUCUCCAUAACCCUCCCCUUCUUGGCCCUUCACGUGGGAAAGGAAGACACUGUGAGAUAGAAAUGAGCACUAGACUGGGAGUCAGGAGAGCUGGGCUCCAGGCUAUCCCUGUCACUGAUCUUCUUCCUUCCUUACCCACAACUUUCAUGUCUCCUUCACCACUGAUUUCCUUUCUAGAGCUGAUCAAGCCCUGCUUCCCCAUGUUGAGAUAUCUACAACUCCUAGAUUACUGCCCUCUCUCUUUCCCUCUCUCCGCAGUCAAGCUCUUUCCACCAGUGGCCUACACCUAGCUCUUCCAUUUUCUUCAGUCAACUCCCACUGCUCACCCCCUCUCCAUGAGAUUGCCAGUGAUGUCCUAAUAGCUACACUCAGUAGACAUUUUUUAUCAUUCAUCUGGCUUGGCCUUUGAUUACUCUCAUCUUUAAGCUGUUUUUCUUUAAUGUUGAUAUCUUCCUUCUGGAAUCCUCUUCCUUGCUCUCUCUCCCCUACAGUAUUCCCCACCAUUCUAGGUUUGUCCCUGUCUUUAUCUGCCUUCUCCCUCUUCUGGGACACUAUGAUCAACAGCCAGUCCUCAGCCUUCACCUCUGCAAACAACAGCCAGAACUCUUUCUAGCUCAGAUCCCUGAUAUGGGAUUGCCAAACUGUCCCUCAGACAUCCCUGCCUGGCUGGCCCUAGGCAUUUUGCACACAGCAGGUCCAAAACCCAACUCACCGUCAUCUCCCAAGCCACUUACUUAAUUUAACCCUUCCUCCUGUGCAUUCUCUCUUGAUCAACCCAGUUGCCUAAGCCAGAAACUGGGAGUCAUGUACACCUCUCAUUCCCACACAAUUAACCAAGUCCUGCCUUUCUAUUUUAAUGUCACAGUCAAAUCCACACCCUCUUCAUGCCCAGUACUGCCACCUGAAUUUCAUCUCCUCGUUUCCUCCUUAGAUUGCCCAUAGCCCCACCUCAUCCUCCUACCCUUGCUUAAGAUCUUUCCCAGAUGCUAACCUGCUCCUGACCGCCUGUGUUUCAGAACUGCAGUAUUUCAGCUCUGGGUCCACAGUCCUCAGAUUUGGGUACAAGGUGCUACAGCUCUCGACCUACUUUCCAGGCUUAUCUCUGUCACUCACAUGCAUAGAACAUGACAGCUGUAGAGAAAGUCUCCCCAGCCCCAAAUAUGCAUUUGCCCAAUGCAGUUCCUUCUUCCUAGAUUAAUUACCCUUUGUCUCCUUCCCACUGUAUGCCUGGCUAUUAUUUAUCCUCAGGACUCAGUUCAAGCAUAGCCUUUUCUGGGAAGUGAUCCCUGUCCCUCUUUGCCCAUCCCUGCAUACACUUUGAUUUCCUAGAGGGUCCCCUUAUUUCUCUCAUAGCCUGCUGUGAAUUGCUCCAUUACAACCCAUAUUUCAAUUUAUAAGAAAUUUUCAUGUACCGUGAGUUCCCUGAUAUCAAGAGAUUAACCCUUUUUGUAUCACUGCUAAGCUUCAGUAAAUGAGU